AUGAACGAAACUACCCCUUCGCCGAGCCCGGCGCCCGUGCCGAAAGCUUCUCCGCGGUCCAAACCGUCGCCCUCACCCACGGCCGGCACAAAGCGCAAGAGAACCGCCUCCGCAAAAUACUAUGCAGUUAAGAAGGGCACCAAGCCUGGGAUAUACUACUGCUGGAAUGAUUGCCUUGCUCAGAUUACGGGCUUCAAGGGAGCGAUCUUUCAAUCGUUCUUGACCUUCGAAGAUGCGAACGCCUUCCUGAGCGGCGCCAAAGUACCCUCCGCAAGCGCUUCCGCAAACGGUCCCGAGAACACGCGGUUUUACGGAAUCCAGCGCGGCCGAGUUCCUGGUGAAAUUCCCGACGCGCGAGGAAGCGCAAGAGUUCGUGAAUGCCGGCCAAGAACGGCCGCCUCCCCGGUCGGCUUUGGGGAUGUCGCAAAGGUUGCCGGCGCUCGCGGGAUGACGAGAGAAAACCCUAUGGAUCCCGAUGGGAUCGAAUACGCACCUGGAGAUGGUCCUUUACCGCAAGGUGCGGAAGAUGGGUUUGACCCGAAUGUGUUGCUAGAUCCAGCCACCGGCAAGAUCGUCUACAAAGCCCCCACUCAAAAGGCGGCCACAAAGACACAAGCCUCCGGAAUCCCUGGGAUGUUGAGAAUAUAUACCGAUGGUAGUUCAUUGCGGAAUGGCACCAAACUGGCUUCGGCUGGGGUUGGUGUGUUUUUUGGACCGGGCGACUCAAGUAGAAAUGUUUCCGAGCCGUUGAAAGGGAGCCGGCAGACAAACCAACGUGCCGAACUGACAGCUAUUCUGCGAGCUAUCGACAUCGCACCCCGCCAUCGGGAUGUAACGAUCUUCACAGACAGCCGGUAUGCGAUUGAUUGCGUGACCGUGUGGUUUAUCAAUUGGCGCCGCAACGACUGGAUGACCAAAGACAAGAAGCCUGUCGAGAAUCGUGACCUAGUUGAGUCUAUUUUGGUCAAAAUCGAGGAACGCAAUGAGCUCAAAGUCAAGACACUUUUUGAGUGGAUCAAGGGACAUAAUCGCGACCCUGGAAAUGAAGCUGCCGAUCGCCUGGCAGUCAAUGGAGCCCAGCAAGGCGUGAAGGAGAAGUCCCGGGCUUUGGCCAAUGAACGAGAAGUACAAGAGGAACUGGAUGAGCUGUACCUCACAUGGCGAACCCCCAGGUUCUACGGCGCCAAGAUCCACUCGGAACUUUUCGCCCUCCGCAAACCGUCCGGGUUCCUUUCUUUCGCAAGCAUCCUGCAAUCGUUUGACGUCUAA